GAGCGGGCGGCGCGCUCCGGAGGGAGAGCUGGGGCUGGAGGUUCUACCCCCUCGGCGGCCCGCACCUGCCCCCACCCCGUCCGCGCCCGCCCUGAGCCCGCCCCGACUGGGCAGCCGGGGGCGCCCCCACUGCUCUCCCCCCGGGCGGGGGAGCCGGGGGGCAGCGCCGGAGCCCGGGGGGAGCACAGCCCCACCGGCCGGCCGGCCAGGGCAGGGGGCAGCUAGGACGGCCCGGGUGCAGGUGGAGACCGCACAGGGCCCAGGGCAAGCAGAGGCAAAAAUGGUUGGUCCUGACGGUGGCUGAGCCCCCAGCCCCUGGAAUAUGCAGCCCGGGGGAGUCCCAGGCAGCGGCAAGGACGCGGUGGCGGAGUGGGGCGGGAGGCAUGGUCUCUACCUACCGGGUGGCCGUGCUGGGGGCGCGAGGCGUGGGCAAAAGUGCCAUCGUGCGCCAGUUCUUGUACAACGAGUUCAGCGAGGUCUGUGUGCCCACCACCGCCCGCCGCCUCUACCUGCCUGCUGUCGUCAUGAACGGCCACGUGCACGACCUCCAGAUCCUCGACUUCCCGCCCAUCAGCGCCUUCCCUGUCAACACGCUGCAGGAGUGGGCAGACACCUGCUGCAGGGGACUUCGGAGCGUCCACGCCUACAUCCUGGUCUACGACAUCUGCUGCUUUGACAGCUUUGAGUACGUCAAGACCAUCCGCCAGCAGAUCCUGGAGACAAGGGUGAUCGGCACAUCGGAGACACCCAUCAUCAUCGUGGGCAACAAGCGGGACCUGCAGCGCGGACGCGUGAUCCCGCGCUGGAACGUGUCGCACCUGGUGCGCAAGACCUGGAAGUGCGGCUACGUGGAGUGCUCGGCCAAGUACAACUGGCACAUCCUGCUGCUCUUCAGCGAGCUGCUCAAGAGCGUCGGCUGCGCGCGUUGCAAGCACGUGCACGCCGCCCUGCGCUUCCAGGGCGCGCUGCGCCGCAACCGCUGUGCCAUCAUGUGACGCCCGCCGCACACCCCGAGCAGACCCGGGCGAGGGCCGGGCUGUGCUGGGGGCGACUUUCUCGCGGGACUGCGGGGCGGGAAGGGGGCGGGAAUAGAACUGUGAUGGUCCGGGUCUCAGGCUCCCCUAAGCCAGGCUCUCCCCCAUAACUGCUCAGCCCCUCGCCGGGUCUGUCUUCCUGGGACAGCGCCUUCAGUACUGUAGUUAGUGCAGUACCCGGCCUGGCCCGAAGGGGCGCCACAGCCUUUUGGAAUGGAGCGAGGGG